AUGGCGAGCGAGGCCAGAGCAUCGCAGAGGGCCACCCAGUCCCGGGAUCAGCCUCAGAGCUCGGCAGAAUCUGGCCGAAGCCGAGAGAGCGACCUGGCGCCAGGAAAGCUUUUCCCCGUGCUGCACAUUAACACGUUCCUCUCUGCCUCUUGCAGCUACCUGCCCUGGUUUGAAAUCUACUACAAGCUUCUGAACACGCUGGCAGACUACUUAUCGAAACAACAGAAAAACGACUUGAACGACGUGCUGAACUCUCUCUAUGAUCUGCCUGUGCCAAAGCCCUUCACGCCCGUCAACCUGAGUGUGAAUGAGCAGUUGUAUAUUGCCACUGGGCAAGUACUGAGAGAUCGGCGAAGCAAGGAGCCGCACUCCUACUUCAUCGCCCCGGAUAUCAAUGGACUGCCAACUAUCCCUGAGAGUAGAAACCUGACCGAGUACUUCGUGGCCGUGGACGUCAACAACAUGCUCCAGCUCUACGCCAGCAUGCUGCACGAACGCCGCAUCAUCAUUACCUCAAGCAAGCUCAGCACUUUAACUGCGUGUGUCCACGGCGCCGCCGCUUUGCUCUUCCCCCUGUACUGGCAGCACAUCUUCAUCCCCGUGCUGCCCCCGCAUCUUCUGGACUACUGCUGCGCUCCUAUGCCGUACUUUGUGGGAGUUCAUCUCAGUCUGCUCGAGAGAGUGCGCAGUCGCUCGCUGGAGGACGUGGUCAUCCUGAACGUGGACACGAACACCCUGGAGAGCCCUUUCGACGACCUGCACAACCUCCCGAGUGACGUGGUGUCCUCGCUGAAGAGCAAGCUGAAGAAGCAGUCGACAGCGACGGGAAGUGGUGUGGCGAGGGCCUUCCUGAGAGCGCAGGCCGCUCUGUUUGGAUCCUACAGAGACGCUCUCAGAUAUAAACCUGGAGAGCCACUGAAUGUGUGUAAAGAGUCCUUUUUCAAACAACGUUCAAAUGUUUUAUUAGACCAGAUUAUGGAGACAGCUGCAUGUUUAAAUUUAUGGUUGCAGUUCAUCGACGGACGGCUGGCCAAAUUGAACGCAGGCCGCGGCUUCACUGACGUGUUUGAAGAAGAGAUCACAGAGGGGGGCUUCUGUGGGAGUAACUCCCGGUCCUACCAGCAGUGGAUGCACACUGUAAAGAGAGGAGGAGCGCUCUUCAACACAGCCGUGUCAAAGGCCAAGGUUCACGCUAAGAAGGGUAUCCGGGACUUUAGGGGCAUACUUAAAGCAAGGGACGAUGAAGAGGAGGGGAUCAUGGUCUAUCCAGGAUCUCCAACCAGUACCAAGAGCCUGUCUCCAAGGAGACUGCAGAAGAUGAGACGGCAUAACUUCAGCAAGUCUCCCAUGAGCAUGGGCCCUCGAGAGCUGGGCUAUGGGCUUGAUGAUGAGGAGCUGGACAACGCGAGCAAGGUCUCCUCAGAGGACAGCGGCGACGUCCCGUCCUACAAUGAGGACAGCGACGACUCGUACUCCCUCGAUCUGGACAUCGACUCCUCUCAGUCGGGCCAGAUGAACCUUCUGGAAGAAAUCCUGGAUUCUCUGACGACCACGACGAUGGACCAAGGAAGACUCAGCGCCGCCAAGAGUCUGGACUUCUUCUUGUCCGUGGAUGAUUUGGACUACAAAGCCCCGACCAAGCCCACGGCCUGCAGCGAGUCCAGACCUGCAGAUGAGAGCGGCUGCAGUGGAGGCGGCGAUCAAGGCGGGUGGAACACGGGUCAGGAUGACACUGUGGUCCACGGGAAACACCUCCCACCGUCCCCACGCAGGCAGCCCACCAAGAGCAGCCUGAAGAUGUCAAAGAAAGAUCAAGGCCUCCUGGAGGAGAUCGACUCCACGUGUUGCCUCGGCGCGGUCCUCCACACCAGCCUGCAGCUCUCGCAAGUUAACAACAGUCACCACCAGGUGCAGGGCAAAGCUGCAGACGACUCCUGA